AAAAAUCUCGCAUGCAUAGGUAGCAAAAGCUGCCCACUUUCUGUCACCAAAAUGGGGGAUUUGUCAUGCGGGUUCGGCAUUGCGCAAGCUUCUCGAAACCUGUGAUGCUAGAGCUUCCAUGCCAAACCUUCCGUGUCAUGCACAAACAGCAUGACUCUUCCAGACCCAGACAUUUUUACAUUUGAUAGUUG